AUGUCCUGCCAAAUGCCGCUCUGCGAUGGUGAGGUUUUUGCUGCGCCGUUGGGACGCUUUUCUGAAGGUGAGACUUUGCUUCCAAAAGGAGAGCACGCCUCUGACAUGGCGUUAGUCUCCCUGCGGGUGCAUGAAAAGGAACUUGUCAUGGACGCAACGUCUAGGGCUGACAAUUCCAUGGAGAAGUCGUGCGCAGGUAGCGUUUUAAAACCGGUGAAGCCACUAGAUUCUAAGCCGCUGGCGCUAGGGAUGAUGGAACAUUUGGCAAGCAGCACUUCAAGUGAAAAGACGAUCCCACGCCUAAUGGACUCAAAAUUGGCCUCCUCGUCAGGAGGCAGAGAUGGCAUUGUUAAUGGAGAAUGCUGUUAUUCCACACCGGCCGGCAGUUUAACUUCUUUUGGGAAGGUGUGUAAAGAAAAGGCGGUUGUGGCGGCCACGGAAAAGAGUGAAGAGGAGGAAAUUUGCUGCAUUUGCCUGGAGGAAUAUACGGAGGAGAACCCCAUGUUGUAUGGGGAAUGCAAGCACCAUUUUCAUUUGCCCUGUCUCAUGAAUUGGAAACAACGCAGCAACGUCUGUCCAAUGUGUGCGUCAGAGACGCUGCGGGGACUGGCAGAGGAUGAGGCUCCACCUCCUGUUCGUGCAACGGACGAUGACAUUUUUGCGAUACUUUUGCAGCACCAAUUGGGGCGGUACACACGCCAAGGAAGGCAACACCGUCAACGUGAACGUGAACUUGAACGCGAGCGCUCUCAAGGAAAUGAAUCGGCUGCCCAAAAAUCGGAACAGCAUUUAAAAAGGCACACGAAUCUUUCCUCACAAUGUCGUUCGGGUCGUGAUAAAGCACCAGAUGAACGUCAACGGCAUUUAAAUGGACGUGGCGAAAACAGUGCCCUGGCUAAUCCCUCCUCCAAAAAGGCAACACGAGGUGAAUGUGAAUCACGUGUUCGGGACGCGCGUGAAAACGGUAUGAUAGCAUUUUUUAAUAGGGUAUUUUGUUGUUUUAAGAAGUGA